CCCCUACUCUCACCUCCUCACUCCGCCUCGAAAUCUCCACUGAAACAAUCUCACAAAUCCUCCGCACUUCAAAAUUUGAAACCUCCAACCAAAAAUCACUGUAAUUUCAAACACUAUCUUACCGGAGACGCCAGAUCCGCAUGGCAGCGACGGCUCCGGCGCCGCCGUGGAUCCCCGAAGACGACCUCCUCUUAAAGAACGCCAUCGAGGCAGGUGCUACUCUGGAAGCGCUUGCCAAAGGAGCGGUCCGAUUCUCCCGCAAGUUCACGGUGCGGGAGUUACGGGAGCGGUGGCGCUCGCUGCUCUACGACGCUGACGUGGCGGCGGAAGCCUCUUCUCGGAUGGUGGAGUUCGAGGCGUGUGGCUCCAACGUCGUGCCGUGCAAGUCGAAUAGGUUCAGUAGUCAAUCUAGGGGUUCGAAACGGAAAGGAGAGAGCAUUAGGAAGCAGUAUUAUGCUUUGAAGAAGAGGCUGUGUGCUGAUAGCAACUUUGGAAGUCUUAAUGAUUUCGAUAUUAAUUUUCUUGGAGGGCAAGCUAUUGGAAAUCAGGGGACUUUGGAUGCUAAUUGUAUGGUUGGAGGCGGCGUUGAGCCGGUUUUUAAUGGCGAUGGCGGGAGUGUGUUUCAUGGAGGAGAGUGUGAGGCGCUUAAGAAUCGUGGUGUGGAUGGAGUUGAGAGGGAAGGUUGCGGUAAUGAGUUUUUGGAACCGGUUCUUUUGGUGGCGACGAAUGGAUUGGGGGAGAAUGCUUAUAUCCGGGAUAAUAGUGUUCAUGAGGAUUUAUCUACUCGUGGGGUUAAUGCAAUGGAUUAUGGGAAUUCGUUGGAUACGGAAGAUAUAGGGGCGCAUUUGUGGGAUGUAGCUGCACCGGAAAUGCCAGCGGAAGAGACAUUGGUAGUUGCUAAUGAUGUGGAUGUCGAUGGGGAUACUAUGGACAUAAUGGACUCGUCUCAAUAUGAAGUUGGCCAUAAUGAGGCAAUGUUGGUUGAUGGAGAAGGGUGCGAUGCACUGAAUAGGGCUGCAGCUAUAUCGGGAGGUGAUUAUGGAGAUAUGGCAGAUUCUCUUUUUAAUGAUGAGGUCAAUUCGAUUUUGUUGAGUUCUCCCAAAGAUGUUCAUGACGAUGAUGUGCCUGAAUUCUGUGAACCUGGAAUGUUGGUGUCAGCCUCAUUUGAGAUUGUUUCAAAUGAUUUGCAUACUGCUGAGAUGGCUGUUUCUGUUGAACCAUCUCAGACUGGUCACGAUGAUCUGCGAGAUAUUUUUUGUUCAGACGCCAAUAUGCCAUCAUCAUCUACAUCAAUACCAUUGAAUCCUACCGAGAUGACUGUUGCUCCCAUGGUGCAUGACGCUCCUGAGAUGGCUGUUGCACCAGAGGUUCCAGAAGAGAUGGUUUGUUCGUUGAAUACUGAGGAUCUUGACAUUCCUUGCAAUGAUGAUAUCGUGUUUUUUACUGCAAUUGUCCAUACUGCCCUGCAACCGAGCUCUAACGAAGCUAGUAAUUUGGGUACUGACCAAAGAAAAUGUGAUCAACAUAUAAAAACAUUGGAGACAAAAGAAGAUCCUGCACAACCUUUUAGAAAAGAAAGUCCAAACCCUACCCAUGAUAAAAAUGACCUGGCUGCCGCAAGCCAAUGCAGAUUAGCAGAUGCAACUCUCAACUGUAUCACAAAGGGAUUGCUAAACGAAGAGGAAAUUAAUGUUCCAGAACCGCAAACCAACCCCACCGCACUAGAUUGUGAAGAAUCUGAGGAAGAAUCUGAUGACGAUGUUGAUGAUGAUGAAGAGGAUACUGACAUACCGUAUUACUCUGAUAUCGAAACAAUGAUACUUGAGAUGGAUUUAUGUCCAGCUGAUGAGGAGUCAGAUAUCAGUAGACGAGUCUUAAAGUAUCAACAUGAGGAUGCUAAAAGAAACAUUAUAAGGUUGGAACAGUGUGCACAAUCCUCCAUGCGAAGAGCGCUUACAUCUAAAGGCACACUUGCGGUAUUGUAUGAUCACCAUGUAAAGCAUUAUAUCAAGAAAACUGAGGUGAUAAUAGGCAGAACAACAGAAGAUAAUCAAGUUGAUAUUGAUUUGGGAGAUAACAAAGUAUCUAGACGGCAGGCUCUUAUAAAGAUGGAUGCAGACGGUUCUUUCUCCUUGAAGAAUCUUGGCAAGAGUUCAAUUUUCUUGAAUGGCAGAGAAAUAGCUACUGGAAAGAUUUUAAAUUUUGCUUCGAGUAAUUUGAUCGAGAUUAGGGAGAUGGCAUUUGUUUUUGAGAUUAACCACAUAUCUGUGAAGCAGUAUCUGGCAAAAAUUGCCACGAAAAGUGAGGGACACGCCAAUUUGGAAUUGGCACCUGAGGGGGUUUCAUAGUGGAGAAAUGCCAUGACAAGGUGCCUUUCCUAUAUUCUAAUUUUUUAACAUUGGAAUCUAAUUGGUCUGUUGUAGUUAGAGGAUCCUCACUCUUCCCUAUUAGAGAAUGUAUAGGCAUUUUUGUAGUUUUACAUUAAUUCAUACACUGAUCCUUUACUGAAGCAGGAAAAGGAUGUACUAGGAAAAAAAGU